AUGGGCGGAGCAGACAAUACCACGAAAGACACGUCAGAACCCAUGGCGCAACCCAUAAAGCGCACCACGUUCGUCUACGGCAAGCGCAAGAACGCAGAACCAGAGCAGGUUCAGCGCGACACCGCCGCUCACCCAUCAACUGCGGAACCCGCUGCUGAGUGGUUGACAGCGCUGUGGGCAGGACAGUACCUUCCACAACCAAACGGGCAGUCGCAAUGCCUGUCGAAUGCCUCAUCCGAUGAGGAAUCGGACGACCCCGGAGCCACGUCGCACUUCCAGUUCCACUUUAGGCGCCAGAUGAAGGAAAUUGACGAGGGAUUUGACAAUCACGAUGAGCCACUCCCUCAGAUUCCACGUUCCAAAUCGUUCCCGGCUUUCCCAGAAGCCGCUGAAGUUCCUCUUUCUCUUCAGAUGGAUGUGCGGAGUGUCAUGGAUGCGCCGGACACCACGUCUCUACCUCAUGAAAAGGCGCUUACGUCCGAGGAUCCAUCCAGUGGCUCAUUGUCGCCUCUAAGGCCAUCGCCUCCCAAUGCCACAACAAGUUCCCUUGACAAUUCCCCCAUCAUUUCCAGACUAGUCAAAGGACGCGCAAAACACCCAGCGGUAUCGGACUCGGAGUCAGACCCUCCAAUCCGUCAUAGCCUUAAUACGCCGCACUUGCACUCCCCGCCGACGCCACCCACUUCCGAGAUUGAGAUGCCGACAACGAAGAAGAGCAGUAAAGCCAAGGGCAAAGCACCCGUUCGAAGCGUUCCACCACUACGAUUUAAUAGUGAAGGUCUAUCUACGAGCCUGUUCUCCGGGCCAGAAAGCAAAGGAAAGCGACGAGAAAGCUCCGGGCAUCGCAUCAAAACAAAGGCACCAACGAAGAAAGCGUGCCGCGAGGCUGCUAUAGAAUCGUCGCGCAUUGCUGCCAGUCGUCCAGUUGAGGUUCCUCGCACCGAUCAAGCGAAGUACACAAAGGCUUCAUUUUUUGCACGCGUCCAGCAUGCGAAUCCUGGCACACGCAUCCCAAAUACGACCCUCCCAGCAGAGCUACCCUCGGAUCCCAUCGAAAAGUUCUCUUCACCCUCCUCCAAUCCCUUGAACAAUGGAGGCUUGUUUGGCAGACCGACGCGCCUUUUGGCAGACUCCGUUCCAGGUACGGGUAGCCAUGCAGAUGGUCAAGGGCUUGCCAAUCCUGCGGAGUCCUCUGACGAGGAUAUGCCUCCUAUUGGACACAUCAUCCGACAAGAACAGGACAAGCCCAAAGUGGAAGAGCUACGACAGAGUCUCCAGGCAAAGAAAUUGGCCCUUUUAAAAAGCCGAACUGGUUCCUCAAAUGCCACUGAAGAGGACGACGACCUGGAAAUUGUAAAAGACGACAUGCACUCGGUCGCACGCGAAGCAGUGGCGAAGCGGAGAGCAGACAAAUCUCAACGAAGUCCUGUCAAGAUGAAGGUCCUGGCCAUGGCAAUGGGACGCAAAGGUAUCUCAAAAGUAUGCGGCAGCGGCUUAAAACGAACUUCACUGCCAAUCUUCUCCGAGCAACAAUUGAAACACUUGGCGAAGCCUGUCUUCGCCCGCGACAGUAAGGCUGAUAAAGAGGGGCUGCGCAAGCAAGAACUUGACCGCAUGAUGAUGCGACAACACGAACAGGAAAAGUUGAGGCUCAUUAAGCAGCGGGAGGAAGAGUGGAUUCAGAAGGGGGGUCGUGUCCUUCGAGAAGGCGAAAGUAACACCACCCAAGCGUCGCUCUCGCAAGCGGUGGAAACUUACGCGCACAGAGCACUCAACGCAGCAGAGGAGGCAGAGGCAAUGGACAGUGGAGUGGGUGAUGAUGAAAGUGAUGGCGAUUAUGUUCCCAGCAUUCGAGGUUCCCCGAACGCUGAACUAGCAGUGAAAGCUGAAGGCGACACUGACAGUGACAGAGAGGAGCAUUCCAUGACAGUUUCGGACCAGAGCGCGCAGCUAACGGACGACGAGGAAAAUGUAGCACCCUUAAGACGUCAGUCUGGGUUACGCAAGUCUACGAGGAUGGUUCUCGGCUCCGAUGAUGAGGAUAACGUGCGACCCGAGCAGUCCGGCACAUCCACGUCGGAGGUUGUUGGCCAGGACGCGCCUCAAAAUCGUGGGUUUGCCUCUUCCACUGGUUCGCAGACAGAGGAUGAGAAUGACAAGGAAAACAAUACUAAACUCAUGUUCGAUCGUAGCGAAGACAAGGAGAAUAAGGCAGUCGUCCGGCAUUCGCCCGUAUCGACACGGCCAGUUCUGGGUUUGCGAGUGGGACCACUCUUUUCCCUCGAAGGUGGUGUCCAGCGUAGCCCGUCGGUCAUUUCUCCAGCCAAUUACGACCACAUGGUGGCCUCGCAGAAGGAAGAAAUCAUAAGAACACCGUUGAAGGAGCUGCCAAGGGAGGACGACGAUCCAUUUUUGCAGCCUGCAUCUGCGUCAAGAAAUUCAUUCACAGAAUGCCUCCUUCGGAGUGGGCCAUCGACGCCACCUCGGACAAUAUCAUCCCCGAAGGGAGGUCUAGGUUCACCUGCAAGUCUGCGAAGUGAACGUUUCUGGAGGCACAGUCUGAUCUCUUCCGAAGGAGGGAACGAUGAAAACGAUCCACCUGGUUUCAAACCCCAACCUCUCCUGUUAUCCCUCGUGGAAACAUCAGUGAAACGCAGCCCUGAAGCCUGUCUCAUGCCCUUCAAUGCUGCUAACCGUGGAUUGUCGCAGCUUUUCUCUGAUGAUGACGCAGGUCCUCGGAAGGUCCCUAGUCCAAGCAGAAAUGAGUUAUCUUUGACCCUUGAUGUGGGAUUUCAACCAGCCCUAGAAGUCAGCAGCACACUUCGCCACAAGGCCGACAUGAUAUUCGAGAAAGAACAAGAAUAUGUGGUGGCUGCCGCGCAGAAGGAGCAAAAACCGAAAGAGGUGUUGUAUGUCAAUGACCAUGGAUUCCUCACCCAGACUCGACCCGAGGGCGAAAGUCCUCAGGUGUAUCAUAUGACACCUUCACAGAUUUCUAGGUAUAUCGGGACCCAGCAGGUGGAUGCGACGCAACGAACAGCAGAGCGCGUACCACUUGGUACAUUGUCGUUCACGGCUACUCCAGACUCUCCCGGACGUCAGCCACUGAGGCGACUAAGACGACGCAGUGCAUCCCCUCUGCCACCUACGGCUAACCCUACUUACCGUGAGCCAGCAUCCAUAAUGGCAUAUCCACCCAAGGUCAAUACCUUGGAUGUUCUGGGCAACGCCUCGAAAAGGCCGAAAGUACCGAAGGAAAAGCUAAAGGAUUCCGAGUUUGUGGCAGCAGAAGCAGAAGAGUCGGAUGAAGACGAUAUGUUCGGCUUUGGCGGUCCCAAGAAGGAUGACGAGGAGGAGGACGGGGAAGAUGAAGCUAAAAUGGUGGAAGGGCUUGUAGAUGAUACCGUGAUGGACGCGGAAAUGGAGCGACCCGAUCUUGUCCAGGAGAAGUUCAGAGAACACGAGGCGGAAGAUGAUCAAAGACGCGAGAGGUUCCACCAAGAAGUUGUUGAAGGAAAAUACCGAAAGAAGCGCCUGGGUCGUGGGUUAAACUUGGACGAAGACAGCGAUGAUGAGGACGAUGAGGCAGACCGAAAGAUUCGGCAGCGAGUAAACAAGAAGCGCAAGAUCGAUGGUGAUAAUCUUGAAGCCUUAGGUCAAAGCGAGGAAACGAGGGCAUUCUACAAUACAUACCACCACGACUUGGUAGAUGACGGGGAUGACGAAUUCAAACAUCUACGUGACGCUCCCACAAACGAGAGUGACGACGACGACGAGCCCGAGCCAGAAUCAAUUUCAGUCUCUGAAGUACUCGAGCGCGUGCGGGAGGCUGCUAGAAACCCAUCGGCGGUUAAACCACUUGAUCCUACGAAUACAGACUGGAUUGACGAGCCAACCGCAGAUGACCCAGUGGGUGUUAGAGUCAAAGUCAUGUCACGCCCGACCAGAACUUCGCGCCGGCCAAAUCAUGGCAACGUCGACUUCGAUGUAGAGGCACCAAAACGAUCCAUCGAAAACGACUCGGAGCAAAAGCAAUGGUUAUCAUGGGCGAAAGAUCAAGGUGGCCGACACCAUGGGACGGGUCGGUCGGCAACUGGGGCUGCCGUCACAGGUCAUGCAAAGGUGAAGAGUGGAUGCGGCUCUUUGAGAUCGAGAGUGACAAACGGAGCCGAUAAUGAGCCAAGGGCUGGAACCAGCAGGUUGUCGAAAGCGCCCAUUUUUCCCUCCAAACGGUCUACCCAACCGCACCCAGGAGGCACGAGGACGUGGAGGUUGAUUAAGUGCGAAAUUUCGUGGCUGGCGUACGGGAGUUCUGCGCUUCAUUAUCAAUUUUGCCAUACAUGCGGGAGGACCAGUCUCCCUGAUGGGGUUCCCUGGGCGAACAAUGAGCACGAUAGCGGUAACGGUAAUUCAAAAUACGUACUAGACGCGACGAAAACAAUUCCAGCCUCGUGUGCGUCAAGGGCGUCGUCACCUGCUAUGAGAGACCUUCGCACCGCUGGCGAACAGAGGAAUAGUAGCACGAUGGUAGUGAGGAGGGUGAAGAGACACAUGGAGAACAUGACGAAGCCGUUACGUGGCUAG